AGCGCUACACUUGGUGGAGUCGUUCGGUUUGUUGGUUUGGCUUUCGAACGCUGAGGCGCGGUCCUUGGACAAAUAUCUCAAGUGAAAACAAAAACCUGUCGAGCGUGAGCCGAAAUCUGCGCUUGUGUGGUUGUCAGGAGCAGCCUGGAGUUGCUCCUCAUUGUUUCAAAGAAGGGAUGAAGUUGGAAGCCGUGGACCCCGCCGCGCCCAUCUCGAUCAGGCCGGCCACUGUCGCCAAGGUGUUCGACGAGCACUACUUCCUGGUGAGCAUGGACGACCUUUGCGGAAUGGAGGAGUCGGACGCCUCCGGGCGCUCCUUCCUGUGCCACAGGGACAGUCCCGGGAUCUUUCCCGCUCAAUGGAGUCUUAAAAAUGGACUCCCUCUCAGCCCGCCGCCAGGGUACCAGGGUCCAGACUUUGACUGGGCCGAUUACCUCAAACGAUGUGAGGCCGCGGCGGCUCCUGAGCACUGCUUCCCCGCGGAGACGUGCGAGCACAGCUUUAAAGAGUCCAUGAAACUGGAGGCCGUCAACCCGCUGUCACCGGAGAACAUUCACGUGGCAACGGUCACCAGGGUGAAAGGCCAAUACAUCUGGCUCAGCCUGGAAGGUCUAAAGCAUCCCAUGCCUGAGCUGACAGUUCACGUGGACUCUCUGGACAUCUUCCCUGUCAGCUGGUGUGAGACAAACGGCUAUCCGCUCGUGCACCCCAUCAAGCUCGCAGUCGAAAAUGAGAGAAAGAUAGCCGUGGUGCAGCCGGAGAAACAGUGAGUACGAAUAUGGCCGUGGGGGAAUUUCUCCAGCCGAUCGGACUUCCCGUUUAAACUCGUUUUGCGGCGGCGCACGCCUUGUGUUCUUCUCCUCUUUGCAGGCCAGGGAAAUGGGAAAUACUGCUGUCCCAAGAUCUACUUUAACCAUCGCUGUUUCUCCGGGCCGUACCUGAAUAAGGGCCGCAUCGCUGAGCUGCCUCAGUUCAUUGGGCCCGGAAACUGUGUCCUUGUGAUCAAAGAGGUUUUGACUCUUCUGAUCAACUCUGCGUACAAGCCGAGCCGCGUGCUGAGGGAAUUGCAGCUGGACCAGGAGAGUCGCUGGCAAGGCAACGGAGAGACUCUCAAAGCCAAAUACAAGGGAAAGAGCUACCGAGCCACGGUGGAAAUAGUGCGCACGGCCGACCGCGUGGCCGACUUCUGCCGGAAGACUUGCAUCAAGUUAGAGUGCUGUCCCAACCUCUUCGGGCCUCGCAUGGUUCUGGAGCACUGCUCGGAAAAUUGCUCCGUCCUCACCAAGACCAAAUACAGUAAGUGGAUUCGCCACACGGCUGGAGACGUGCUCACGCCUUGACGUUGAGUCUCGUUGAGCCCCUGACGUCGGAAAUUGAACAUUCGGUGUGAAAAUUGCAUUCGCAGUCGGAACCGUUGGCGUGUGUGACAUCAUGGCAGACAUCGGCGUGCCUUGUGAGAGUUUAGUUCAGGGAGGAUUCAAAAGGCCCGCCCUCGCUCCCAACAUGUGCAUAUGCUCGGUUCACCAAA